AUGGAUCCUCGUCAAUACGAACACGUCGUUGUGAAUGAUAAUGAUAUUCAGAGCAUUGUAAUGUCAUAUCUUCUGCACAACUGCUUCAACGAAACUGCGGACUCACUUGCUUCUAGUACUGGGAUAAAGCAACCUGCAAUUGAUCGUGAAAACAUGGAGAGAAGAAAACAAAUAAUACAUUUUGUACUGGAGAGGAAGGCGUUGAUGGCUGUUGAACUAACAGAACAACUAGGACAAGACUUGCUUGAGAAAAACAAGGAUUUACACUUCGAUCUUCUAUGCCUUCAUUUUGUGGAUCAAGUCUGUGCCGGGAAGGGCGAAGAAGCUCUUGAAUUUGCUAAGAAAAGGUUGGCUCCUUUUGGGUUGGAGAAAAAAUAUGUAGAAAAGCUUGAAGACGCAGUUACAUUGCUGGCUUAUAAUGACCCUGAGACAUCCCCAAUGUUCUACCUUCUGAGCUCUGACCACCGACAACAGGUUGCCGAUAAUCUGAACCGCGCAAUUCUUGAACACGCAAACCAGCCAAGCUGCACACCAAUGGAAAGACUCAUACAACAGGUGACAGUUGCGAGACAAUACUUAACUGAGGAAAAUGGCAAAGAUACGUUUCCACCAUUCUCUUUGAAAGAUUCUCUCAAAGGCUAA